AUGUCUGAGAGGACGUUUCGAACUCCUUCCCCAUCACCUUCGAGACAGCCAUCGGGCCCGCAACUUGUGGAGCAUCCUCCUAUUCCGAAUAUUCCACGAGAAUACACUGGGAAUGUUCGGGCGCAGGGGAAAAAGAAGAUGCGAUCAUCUAGCCAGGGGGCGCCUCCGCCCCGUGUUCUGUCUCCGCCUCCCACGCGACCGAGUGACCGGGGACAAAGCCUCGACCGCUCCCAACGAUUCAAGCAGCCAUCACAAGCUGAGCGAAAUAAUAGUCUAGCUGCGAUUGAUGAACUUCAACGCACAGAUAGCCGCAAUUCUGUCAACUUUUCAAGACCAUUGUCGCCGCGGCCCCAGUCACCCGCAGUCCAAGCAUCACCAGUGACAAACGGUCACAGAACGCCGGCGAGUAUGCCUCCUCAGACCAUCUCUCCCGCUGAAGCCGAAGACAUCCAGUACGGUCUCUUGGAGACCGCCAACCGGCCUGUGAAGAAGAAGAAGAAGAAGGUUGCCUCUGGCUCGACCGAGGGAAAUCAUCUGCAAACUGGUACAAUGGCAAGCAAACCUGUUGGCACUUAUCUUGACCCAGUCCCGGAACAAGAAGCGCAAGAUUCCGCCGAUCUGCCGCUUCCUGUCAGAAGGAAGAAGAAAAAGUUGGCGAAUUCGGGACAGAAUACACAUUUUGCCUCAUCUGAUACGUCUUCCCGAACCGAUUCUGAUUCAGAUUCCCCCGUCGGAAGUACAAAAGAGCGGCGUGCCAACAGAGCAUCUGGAGUUCUGACAAAACAGCCAUCUAUUGUGCGAGAGGAUUGGGAAGGCGAACAGAAUGAGGACGCUCGUCCCUCACCGGCUCAACUAGCAGCAGAGCAUGACUUGAGCUCUAGCCAAGGUGGUCAAAGCCUACUGCAGAACAGACGCUCAAGCAAUGCCGCGAAUGUCUCCAGGAAGAUAGAGGAGCCAAACGUUCCUCCCAAGACUGUGAAUCAGCUUGUGACCUCCGAUUUCCAACCAGGGAGUAUUCAGGAUAAGCCAGAAACAUCAUCUGGCACCUCGACCAACCUUCAAGUUAUCCAGCCUAAACCUGUUCGGGGCUCAUCUCUGAGUCCUUCAAGAUCCACAAGGUUUUCAGAUAGGUUAUCAUCUGAUCUUGCAGCAGGACAAAAGCACGAGCCGCCUGCGCGGUCUGUCUCACCUGCCAAGCCUGCACUCAAGCACCAUUCUCCAGCUCCUGGGAUGUCUCCGAAAAACCCUCACGCUCGCGGUUCUAGUGUCUCUCCGAGCGAGGCCUCAGAUAUCUCUAAUAUUUCUACGGAUGGGGCCCCCAGGCGCAAAAAGUCUGUCAGGGUCAGCUUCGAGUCUCAGCCUGAAAUUGUUGGUACAGCCGAUACUGCUCCCAGCACUGAAACUCUAAACAAGGAGAAGACAGCGAGGCUGGCUCAGGGGAAAAGUAGACCAGCUGACAACACAGUAUCUUCUAACGACGAUAUGGAAGAGCUGAUGAAGCCGCGUCCUCAACUUCCCUCCUUUGGCAGUAUUAGAGGUCAAACGUCGAAUUCCCCCCAAGAAGACCGCACGCCAGCGCCAGUCGAGGAUAACAAGUCGGUAACAUUAACUUCCACGUCACCGGUACCCUCCUCUGAGUCUUACAGACACCCCUAUCCCACCACCGGUGUCUCUAGCGACCACGCAGUUGGCGCGAUCCUGGCCAAAGAGACUCAGAGGCUGCCACAGGAAGGUGGAGAGCGUCGAAACGAACCUCUGCCGCCCGAGGUUACCUCCGUCGAAGGUAUCGUCUCGUUUUCCGAUUCAGAGAGUGAAGGUUCAGAAGGUGAAGGAACCACGAAUCUUGGUGUCCUGGGCGAAAAGCACGAUGGACCACAAGCCACAGCCUACAAAGCCGAGCAAGCACCAGCUCUUGACCAGCAAACACCGUCGCGCACUCAGCCAGCUCCUCAAACAGAGCUUCCGGUCGUAUCCAUAAUUCCACCUACACCUGCCUUGGAACAAGGCGGGCCAGAUGAUCAAUGGAUUGUCGAAGUGCCAGGAGGAUUCCCCGUGUUGAGUGAAUCCACUACUCAGCCGGAGAAGUUCGAAGGAGCGGCGCAGGACACAGUUAAAUCGCCUACAGCGCCCACAGGCCUUGGCAUGGAUUCGACAAGUGAGAAUGAGUCCGACAAUGACAGUAUCUACAGUGAUGCAGCAGAAGAUCCUUCAGAGCUUGACGGAACGGGUUUUGGCUCCAUCGAUGCUAUUGUGGACAGUCCUAUCGUUCCGAUUCCGUCGUUGAUUUCUUCUAUCCCUGAGAGUCCUCUUCCGCAUGCUGUACGACCACAACCUGAAGCUGGUAGUUCAGCCUCUUGGGAAGAGGCACAAGCACGAUGGAAUGACAUUGUGGAGCAGACUAGAUACAGUCCAGCGAUAGCGGUGUCAAAUUCCCCAGAACCAAAACUGCCAACGGUGACUCCGGUUCACAGUCAAGUCACACAGCAACAGGAACGUCAUGGACCGUCCCAGCAGCCACAGAUGUCCCAACCUCGACGCAAGAAGAAGUCAGAGGCUGCCAUCGCUGCCGCUGCAUCAGUGCCCGCCGCAGCUGUCGCUGCUCACAGGCGCACAGACACUUCUCGUCAAAAGAAAAGCCGAUCAGCCGCCAACCCGACGGCUGCUCGUCCAAACCCUCCUGCUACAGUGGCGGGCACUGCUGCACCUUUCAGGCAAUCCAUGAGGCACAGUUUGCAUUCAGACCCGGAUGCGGGAUUUCGGAAAUCCAUGCGGGACGCGAAUCGUCAGCCCAUGCCUGAUCCAGCUCCAAUACGACAGCGGCAACGGCCGCUAGAGGGGACAGCGUCUGGCCCAACGCAACAGCCAAGAGCGGCCUUGCAAAAGAAGUCUUCAACUCCUGCACCGUCGGCAGUAACACCAGCCCCUGCCUCGGCACAACGGUUACAUCCUGUCAUGCCAGUUAUGUCCAAUGACAGUGAUUCAGACAGCUCGUUUCGAAAGCGAAGGCGUCGCAGGGCGGCCCCAGAGGGCGUUCAUACUAUGCGUCGAAGCAUGCGUGGAGGUCCGGAUUCAACGGUGCGAGAAAAUGAAGGCAGCCGAGUCCGUUCUAUCUCGCAGGAAGGUAGGAGGCCCUUUUCGCCACCGGGUGGUACGCGUACUAUGAGGACAUCAAUGAGAGGCUCUAUAGACAGUGGCGUACCAAGCCUUCGCGCGUCAAGUGAGGCUAAGCGGUCGUCUUCCCUAUUUGGCCGUCGCCAGAAGAGUCCGCCGCCUGUUCCCGCUGUGGGACUGAUGCAAAAGCAUCAAUCACUGAUUGCAGGUUCAGAUGAUGAGGGCAGUAUCCCGCGGAAGAGCAAGUUCCGCUCACGAUUCGCAGAGGACAGCGACGAUGAGCCGGACACGACGCAGUUCACACCCGUCCGGGGAAUCCCCCGGCGAGGCGGUGACAGCGAUUCCACAGAUCUAGAGGAUAGCUCAGACGACGAAAAGCCACCAGACGGUACUCCCGCUAGCCUUCAGAUCCCUUCGAAUCAUGCGCCAACAUUCAAUGACGAACUUCCAUCUCCUAGUACCGAGAAGAAACGUGGAUUCUUUGGAAGACUCCGAGGCAAGAAGCACAAUGACGAGGUAUCUUCACCGGUUGUUGAGUCUCCUCAAUCGCCUCCAAAGGUAGACGCAAGCAAGCCAUCACAAUUGGGGUUCGCAUCUGCCGCAGAGCGAGAUCGCAUGAUUGAACAGACGCGGGCGAAACUCGAAGCUAGCAAAGAGGAGCCGCGAGGACCGUCGCUGCAGUCGCAUGGCAAACUGCAGAGACGACACCAACCUCAAAGGAUGAUGAGUGACUCCUGGCCCCUGCCACCCAGUAUAGCAGAAGACGGGAAGGUUCGCCCAAGCACCUCGGACGGAGCACCUCUCAGAAACGGGUCGGCAAGGCUUACUCAGGGCAGUAUGCGAGCGACAGAGCCAAUACAAGCUGUCGGGAGGGGCGGGAAAAAGAAGAAAUUUCCCAUGUUGCGCAAGGCUUUCGGGCUGAAGGAUUAG